AUGGCCAAACUGGCCAAGUUCAACGACAUUGUUCAAAAGUAUGGACAUAUCGCUGACUUUCUUCUUAUAUACAUAAAGGAAGCUCACCCAACAGACGGGUGGCAUUUCAAGAGCAAUGCUUAUUGCAUUGAAUCAGCUAAGAACAUGACCGACCGGGCUGAGGCGGCAAAGUUCUUGCGAGAUGAGAAUGUGAGAUGUCCUUUGGUUCUGGAUGAUGUAACAGACGAGGCUGUUACAGCAUACUGCAGUUUUCCCGAAAGACUAUAUAUCGUGUUGGAUGGCGUGAUUGUGCUUGUUGGAGGAAUAGGCCCAGAGGAAUAUGACCUUCAACCAGUGGAGGAGUGGCUGGUCGCCUACAGUGGACAGGGGUAG